AUGACCACCGUGCGCAUCUGCGUCUGUGGCGAUGAAAACACUGGCAAAUCUAGUCUCAUCGCAUCUCUCGUGAAGGAUCAAUUUGUCAACAACAAGAUUCAACCUAUUCUUCCCCAGAUCACCAUUCCUCCCAGCAUUGGCACUCCCGAAAAUGUCUCGACCACCAUUGUCGACACUUCAGCCCGCCCACAGGACCGACAUACACUAGCAAAAGAAGUCCGAAAAUGCAAUGUAAUCCUCCUCGUAUACGCCGACCACUACAGCUACGAAAGAGUGGCAUUGUUUUGGAUGCCACAUUUCCGAUCCCUAGGCGUCAACGUUCCUGUCGUCUUGUGUGCCAACAAAUCCGACUUGGCUGGUCAGAGCACCACGCCUCAGGUUAUCGAGGAGGAAUUGCUGCCUGUCAUGAACGAGUUUCGUGAAAUCGACUCUUGUAUCCGUACCAGCGCUCGGGAUCAUCGAAACGUAAAUGAGGUCUUUUUUCUUUGCCAAAAAGCCGUAACACACCCCAUCGCUCCUCUAUUCGAUUACAAGGAGGGCCAUCUGAAGCCUCUCUGCACCAAUGCCCUGAAGCGCAUCUUUUAUCUUUGCGACAAAGACCAGGACGGUUACCUCAAUGAACAAGAGAUGCGUGAUUUUCAAGCCCGUUGCUUUGACAAACCUUUGACCGCGGACGAUCUAGACAAUAUCAAACUCAGUAUCUCGAAAUCAUUACCAACUUCCGAUUUGGAAAAGGGCAUCGACCUACCUGGAUUUCUGCAACUAAAUAAGCUGUAUGCCGAGAAGGGACGCCACGAGACUAUAUGGAUCAUCCUUCGAAAAUACCACUACACUGAUAGUCUAAGUCUUGAAGAUAAAUUCAUUCGACCAAAGUUUGAUGUUCCAGAAUACUCAUCUGCCGAGCUAAGUCCUGCCGGUUAUAGGUUCUUUGUGGAUCUCUUCCUCCUCUUCGAUAAAGACAACGACGGUGGUCUGAACGACCAAGAACUUGAGGCUUUAUUCGCGCCAGCUCCAGGACUUCCUAAUUCUUGGACUGACUCAUCAUUCCCCUCUUCAACCGUCAGAAACGAGGCCGGUCACAUUACGCUACAAGGUUGGUUGGCGCAAUGGAGUAUGACCACAUUCGUUGAGCCCAAGACUACUAUUGAAUACCUUGCCUAUCUUGGAUUUGAGCCUCCUAAUCCUAAGGAUCCUGUCACGGCUGCGCUCAAAAUCACCAAACCCCGAAAGAGGAGAAGACGGCCUGGGCGAGUCGAACGUAACGUGGUACUCUGCUACGUUCUGGGCGCGUCAGGGGCAGGCAAAUCCGCACUACUCGACUCAUUUCUCAACCGACCUUUCGAUGGUUUAUAUCACCCCACCAUCAAACCCCGCCGUGCAGUCAACAGUGUCGAGCUGCCUGGUGGAAAGCAAGUAUACCUGAUUCUCGAAGAGCUCGGAGAGUUGGAGCCUGCAAUUCUUGAAAAUCAAGCCAAACUAGAUGCUUGCGAUCUGAUCUGCUACGCCUACGACUCGUCUGACCCUGACUCAUUCUCUCACAUCGUUGACUUGCGAAAGAAAUAUACAUACCUCGAUGAACUUCCAUCCAUCUAUACUGCGCUCAAGGCAGACAAGGACAAAACCAACCAGCGCUGCGAGCUCCAGCCUGAUCAGUACACCUCCUCACUCAGUAUGAGUCUGCCACUGCACGUGAGUGUCACUUGGGGUAGCAUCAGCGAGCUUUUCGUCGGCUUUGCAGAUGCGGCUACGAAUCCCAGCACCGCCUUUCCUAAGAGCAAUGAGGAGGGACCUGAUAGAACAAGUCUUUACAUUGCACUUGGCGCUACAGCCUGUGCGGGAAUCGCUGCUUUGACAAUCUGGCGACGUGCAGCCAACGCUUUCUAA